UUGUCGAAUCCACAAAAGUCUCACAACUUUGUGCUUUCAUUGACGAAUCGCAUCCGGAGCGAAGGAUGACGAAGAUAUAGGCGAGCAAGGGCGGCGGAGGAGGGAGAAGAAGGAAGAAGAAGAUGAAGCCGAGCUUCACCUUCUCCCGCUCCUCAUGUUGUUGAUUCAUGGCCUCUUCCCAACAUCGUUGCGUUUUCGUUGGAAACAUUCCCUAUGACGCCACCGAGGAGCAGCUUAAAGAAAUCUGUCAGGAGGUCGGUCCUGUCGUGUCUUUCAGGUUGGUAAUUGACAGAGAAACUGGAAAGCCAAAAGGUUACGGUUUCUGUGAGUACAAGGAUGAGGAAACAGCUUUGAGUGCUCGUCGAAACCUUCAGGGUUAUGAGAUCAAUGGGAGGCAACUACGGGUGGAUUUUGCUGAAAAUGAUAAAGGAUCUGAUAGAAAUCGGGAGCAGGGCCGUGGUGGGCCUGGAUUGUCUUCAAGUACCGAUCCUGCAAGGCAAGUAGGGGGCCCUGCCAUCCAUGGAGAGUCUGUUAAUCAGCCCAUUGGUCUCCAUAUUGCUAUAACUGCUGCGGCAGCCAUGGCGGGAGCUCUGGGUGGUGCCCAGGUCAGCAUGCUACCAAAUCAAAAUGGUCUUCAGAGUCAAUCAGCUCUAACAAAUGAUCCAUUAACCCUUCAACUGGCCAAAAUGUCAAGGAGCCAACUUAAUGAAGUUAUAUCUGAGCUCAAAGCAAUGGCUACUCGUAGUAAGGAAUCUGCAAGGCAGCUGCUGCUAUCAAACCCACAAUUGUGUAAAGCUCUUUUUCAGGCAGAAAUAAUGCUUGGAUUGGUGACUCCACAAAUGUUGCAUAUGCAAAGUAUUAGACAGGGUCCUACUCAACCUUCAGAGCCAGCAGCCAGAGAUGGUCAUAUGAUUCAGCAGCAAGCAAUUCAAACACUUUCAGGGCUGCCCCCACUUGGACAGAGGGUGCAACAACCUGGAUUGAUGCCCAAACUGCAGCAUGGACAAGUUUCUUCAGUGCCUCAAGGUUCUCAUGCACAAAACCAAAUAUCUGGGUUAUCACAACUCGUGAUGCAACCUCAAAUCCAAUUUCCACAAGUUAACUAUCCACAGGGGAUGUUCACGGGCCCGUCAGGAGCUUCCACCAGCUUACCUAUCACAACACGAGGUCCCGUGCCGAAUGCUGCUUCCGUUACUCAGCAAAUGCACUCCUUUUCAUCUCAACAACCAAGAAUGGUUGGUGCUGCAGAUUUAGCUCAUAACUUGCAGCCUGGCCCCUCAAUAUCAUCAGGCAUUUCAGGUAGAAUUGGCGGUGAGCUUUCUGAACCAAGCAAUCACCCUUCUAAGCUGAUGAGAGUAGAAGAUGUCAGGGCCAGCUCUUUCUCUUUGGGGGGUCCGAAUAAUGCUGGGGGACUUGGGGCACCUCCCUUCGGUCCAGUUUCUCUUAAUCCGGCUCCCCAAAUGGAACUGCAGCACCCUGAAAGGCAAGCAUCUCAGGUUUCGUCAAAUGCGGAGUCUGUGUUGCUUCAGCAAGUCAUGAGCUUAACAGCAGAACAGUUGAGUUCUCUGCCGCCAGAACAGAGGGAACAAGUGCUUCAACUGCAACAAAUGCUUCGGCGUGAUCAGAACCAGGCUACUUAGUUUGCGCAGUGACAGAUCAAAUGAUGGCUUUUACAUGAGGCUCCUAAGUUAUGCUCUGUUGGGAUGCGAGGAGCGCGUGAAUCCUACACUUGAGUUCAGGAAUCGUCGCAGGAAAAUAACUCGUGAAGAGGUUCAGCCUAGCUGCAGUAUGCGUGACUGCGACUGCACCCUUGUAACGUUAAGUAUACGAUGAGCAUGCUGAAUACAAGCACGAAAAUUUUGUAAAACUUUCACGAUUCAGAAAAACCCUUGUCACUUCAGGUGCCUCUUAUUGCACCUGGCCUGUUUAUUGGAGAAACCAUUGGGCAUUGCGGAUCUGGACAAUAAGAAGAAUAAGACUUUGUGGUCUUUCUUAAUA